UAUCAUGCAAAGAACCUAUCCCAACAAUUCCUGCUCCGGUUCUUCCUCCGGAACCUGUUCCAGUUUCCGAAACUUAUUUGGAUCCUCGGGUUUAUUCUAUUGUAAUCUCAAAGCAACUUGCUAAUGGAACUAGGCCUUCUGAUGAAUGCUAUUACGUUUCCACACCACGCCCUCACGAAAAUAAAAACGUCAGUUGGGACUGCGAAGCUGGUCCGAGGAACUCAUCAAAAUUCCUAUGUCCUGAUGGAUUUUAUUGUCCAGAAAAUACACAGCCCGUUUAUUGUUGUGAAGGUUAUUAUUGUGAAAAUCCAAAAACUAUCAAACUUUGUCCUGAAGGUUACUUCUGCCCCGUAGGAACCGUGGAUCCACUAUCUUGUUAUUAUUUGGCUUAUUGUCCACCCGGAUCAACAUUUGCCAAUAAAUAUUUUAUUGGAGUUAUAGUAGUAAUCUUUAUAUUAUUGAUCUUAAUAUUUCUCCGAACUAUAAAGAACGCAAAUGAUAAAAAGAAUGAAAAAUAUAAGAGAUUAUUAGAAGGACACAGAAUUGAAAAUAGUGAAAAGACUUUAGAUCGCGUUUCACAAACAUUUGAUAUUGAAUUUGAAAAUUUAGUUUCAGGAUCACUUAUACAUGGUAGAACAUGUGCGAUCAUGGGUCCAUCUGGUGCUGGUAAAACUACAUUAGUUUCCCUUUUGACGGGAAAAGUAAGAAAAACCAAUGGAACAAUAAAAGUUGAUGGAAUUUCACAGCCUCUAGAAUAUUAUAGAAAACUUAUUGGAUUCGUACCUCAAGAAGAUAUAAUGCUCAGAGAGCUAACGAUUCGCGAAAUUUUGGUGCAUUCUGCACUAAUGCGUUUACCAACCGAAAUGGAUCGUGAGGAAAAGAAAAAAAAAGUUGUUGAUGUUAUUAAAUUUUUGGAAUUGAGUCAUGUAAUGGAUACUGCUAUUGGUGAUGAAGAGUCACGAGGUAUAUCGGGUGGUCAAAGAAAACGCACAAAUAUUGGAAUGGAACUUGUAGCAGAACCAUCUAUCCUUUUCUUAGAUGAACCAACAUCCGGUUUAGAUUCAGCAACAGCAUUAGAAGUAUGUAAAUUAUUGAAAAGAAUUGCGAAGAAUCAAGGGAUUACGGUUGCAGCCGUUAUUCAUUCACCAUCAGAAAGAUCUUUUGAAAUGUUUGAUGAUCUUAUGUUGUUGGGUAAAGGAGGAAGAGUUGUAUAUUUUGGACCUCGGAAUGAAGCAAUGCAAUAUUUUAGAAAUCUUGGAUUUAUUAUUCCUACAUAUGAAAGCCAACCUGAUUUUAUGAUGGAAAUAGCAUCAGGAAAAGUAAAACCAAGAGGUUAUGAUGAUUUAAGCUUAGAAGAUCUUUAUGAAUUAUGGGAAAAGUUUCAAAAUCAGAAAAGAAGCAGAGCAGUAUAUAAUAAUAACAAUUAUCAAGGAGUAAUAAUUGAUAUUGAAUCAUCACCUGUAUGUGCAACAGGAUUUUGUGCAUCAAUUUAUGAUUUUUAUCAAUAUGCAAUUGAUGUUGGAUUAGAAUUUUUAUAUUUUCUUAAAGGACUUAUUAUUUUUUGGACGAAAGAUCCCGUUCGUCAAACGCCGGGUGUUUUUUCAUCAUUUAUACUUUUAUUUAAAAGAGCAUGUUUACAAAUUUAUCGAAACAAAUCAAGAUUUUUGUUUGAUCUAUUAUUACAUCUUGGUUGCGGAGCGUUUGUUUCUUUGGCAACAAAUGACCUUGAUUAUAUUGGAUUAGUACCUUUGGAGAUAUGUUCUAUAACGCCUUUUGUUGAAUCAAUAACUUGUUUAAGGCCGAUUAAUAAUGAUACCCUUCAGACUGUAGGAGUAUUUGCAGCCUUGGGAAUGACAUUUUGUGGCAUUAAUGCCGGGUCAACAACAUUUGGAUUUGAAAAAGUUGUAUAUUGGCGUGAUACAUCUUCAGGGAUGAAAACUAUACCUUAUUUCUUAGCAAAAAGUAUUGCAGACAUUCCAAGGAUCUUAAUAGCUGCGCUGAUGUUUUCAUUAUCAUUUAUAUUAUUCUUUUCACAUCGAGCACGUUAUUGUGAAAUUUAUGUGAUUAUUUUAUUUACUUAUAUUGCGGCAUGGCAAUUGGAGAAAUUAGGAUUAGUAGGUACAGGAUUUGCUCUUUUUUUUGGUAUGGUUUUAAGUGGAGCAACUCCUAGAUUGAAUAAAAUUAAAGAAAAUGAUAGCCUGAAAUGGACUGUUGAAGCAAUAUAUCUUAAAGAAUUAGAACCAAGAAACUCUAGUGAUUCGGGUUUAGGACAUUUAGGACAGUUUGGGACACAGCAGGCUAAACUAAAAGACGAAAUGUAG